CAGGAUUGCUCUGCAUCAAAUAAAGUUAAUCUGAUAAGUGACGUGUUUAACUUUAAGGUCCCUUCACAUACUCGUCUAUACAGGGACUUGCAGUGUUUUUUUCUCACAACAAAGCCGCUACACAAUUACGAUAUGGUGCUCUUUGAACCUUGUCUGGCAAUAAAAAGCCACGGAUUCCAGUCCACUUUGACCUAUAUAGCUGGUGAUAUGAUUUUUGACCGGGUCAGCCAGCCGACAGCCUGCAUCAGCCGGGGAGGACCGGCGCGAACUCGAUGACACCGACAGCCCCGACGCAGGGCGCGCACUUGGCUUCCAUUGAUGAAGCGCACUUGACUUCAGACAAGACUCGACACAGCAGCCGCAAACAUGUCUCGGUUCGCGUCCCGUCUCUUCGCGGUUGCUUCUCAACACGCCACGGCGAGAUCGGCGGCGUUACCCAGGAGGAUCCCGGCGUUCAUCCGGCCCGUGUGCACGUCUCGAGGCCUGCAGUCUCUCACCCGCUACGAUGAGACUACAGACUGGCAAAAGAAACUGACCCCGGAACAGUAUGUAGUCACCCGAGAGAAGGGGACUGAGGUGCCCUUUAGUGGGAUCUACCUUAACCAUUCAGAAGUGGGGAUGUACCACUGUGUCUGCUGUGAUGCUCCACUUUUCAGUUCAGAGGCUAAGUAUGACUCUGGGACUGGCUGGCCAGCCUUCAAAGAGGCUCAUGGGACAUGGGAGCGGGAUGAAAGCCACGCCUCCAUCGUCCGUCGCCCUGACAACAGCCUUGGUAGUGCGGGAACAGAGGUCCUUUGUAAAAAUUGUGAUGCCCACCUGGGUCAUGUGUUUGAUGACGGACCAGAGCCAACAGGUCAGCGCUUCUGUAUCAACAGUGUGGCCCUCACGUUUAAACCCCGAGGAAACAGCAAAUCUGACAAGCAGGAGGAAAACUGAUCAAUUACAAGGACUUAUCGAAAACACACAGGCAAAGUGAAGGUCCAGAGUGGUUUGGGCCGAUACAGGUCUGAGAAACUUUGUGUAUUCAUGUUUGAAUUUAGAUGGAAAUGGACUUCCUGUAGUUUUCAAACUGAAAGACACUGAGUUGAGCUCAGUCUCCCACUCACAAACUUUGGAGAGGAGUCUAAAAAUCUGCCGAUCAUUUGUUACGUGAUUCACACAAACCCAAAUACUGUGACCUCAUAAACCUCAUACUGUAGACCAUCAGUUCCUGCGGUCACCUCAGUCACAUAAUGAAAAACAUACCCAACCAAGUUUUGUUGUCAUUUUUUAUCCUUUUCUAAUUUUGUUGAGUAGGAAAUUUUGACUUGGUGUAUGUUUACUGAAUGAAAUGUAGUUUACACGAGCAGCUUGACACUGCACUGUCAGACAUAGUGUCUAAUUGUGUUGAAAAAUGUUAAAAUACACUGGACCUGAAUGAAGAGCUUUUUGCUGGAGAGACUGUGACGAAGGAAGUUAUGGCGUUGCUGCUUUGUGUGUUUUUCCAUCUGGUGCCACAUUUAAAGAUCAAAUUGACUGAUCCAUUGAAUCAUGCAAAGCUGACUAAUAAUUUGUCAAUAAAUGCACAUUUUGGUUCUUCUAUGAA